UGGAGAAAUCGAAACUUAUGACACUCAGCCCCGGAAAACGGUGCAACUGUUGUAUUGUACUACGUUGUCAGCACUUUGUUUUUAAUGUUCUAUUUUAAAAUACUAUAUAGUAAUAUAUUAUGGAAUCGGUAAACUACAUAGCGAAGCUGAACGAAUAUGCACACAAGGAGAGGCUCAUAGUGAGAUAUGAAGACGUUGCAUCUGAUGGCCCAGACCACAUUAAAACGUUUACUUGUAGAGCUGUUGUGAAUGGAAAGGCCUAUUCUGAUGGUGUGGGAAGGAACAAGAAAGAAGCUAGACAGAACGCUGCUAAAAAUGCCUUGAAAUGCCUGUUGGAGGAACCACCUGAUGUUCCAGUAAAAGCCCCAGAAACCUCUCCUGCUCGAGAACAGCUAAAAAGUAUUAACUACACAUGUUGGCUCAAUGAAUAUGGCCAGAAAAACAGGUUGAUUGUAAGGGCUGAGGAGAAAACCAAACUCGGACCAAAUAAUGCAUCUCAAUGGUGCAGGUUUGUGGUUGGGGAUAAAGAGUAUCCCGGUGCAUCAGGAAAAACGAAAAAGGAAGCAAAGGAGGAAGCCGCCAAGCUGGUUUAUCAUGAGAUAUUUUGGAGUGAAUCUACAGAUACUGGAGAAUUGAAAGAUAGCGGCACUUCAAGUCUGCACCAGGAGGAAUUGGAUGAAAAGGUGUCAAACAUCUGUGAUCAAACAAAGAGCUUGAACGUGAAGGCUGAAGACAGCAGCUUUGGACAAACAAAUUUUAUUGGAAUUGUCAACCACUACUGUCAGAAAACAAAACGUACAUGUUCGUUUAUUGAAGAGCAAAGAUUGGGUCCUGCUCAUAGCUUUACAUUUUUCUACAAAUUAUUGAUCAACGGUAAGGAAUACCCUGUGGGCAAGGGUAAAAACAUCAAAGAAGCCAGACAGAAUGCAGCUCAGUUGGCCUGGUCUGCUCUUAAAGAGCAGUCAGACUUUGAAAGCAAGGUGUCCGUUGAUGGUGCACAAGCCAAGCAAUCUCCAUCAACAAGUAUACAGGAUUCGGGUCAUGCAAUAUUAAACAGCGAAACAACAGCUACAAGUGACUUCAUUGUUUUUGCUGAUACAUCAAAUCCUCCCCAAGUACAGAAUCAAAGUCCUGGCGUAAAGCCCAAGAUAAAACUUGCAGCUAAUUUCCAGUAUGCUAGGGACAGGAGUAAAGAGGAACAGGUCAAUUUCAAGAUUAAAGGAAAUACUCAGAAGGAGAAAGCACCAACUCAGUCCGUUAUGUCAAGGUUUACAUCAGACUAUGACUCCAUAGAGUGCCUUGGUAAAGGAGCAUUUGGAUAUGUUUUCAAGGCAAACCACAAACUGGAGGAAAGGUUUUAUGCUGUGAAGAUUGUUUGCUGCAAAGAAAAAGCUCUACAAGAGGUGAAGGUGUUGUCGGACCUGAAUCACUGUAACAUUGUUCGAUACCACUCCUGUUGGAUGGAGGACUCAGGAUACCUGUGGGACAGUUCAGCUGACAGUAGCAGCGCAUCACAGUAAGCUCCAUUCAUUCUCUAGUCUUCUCAUCUUAACAAUUUAUUAAACUUUUCCUGGGUUUUUUCUUAUUUUCCUGUUGUUUUCAGGUCUUCCACUGAUUCACCUGUGAAGUACCUUUACAUUCAGAUGGAGUUAUGUGACACCAAAACCCUGAGAGUGUGGAUAGACGAGAAAAAUAUUCAGAAUCCAAAGAAAUCUCUGCGAGGCUCCAAAAGAAAGGAAGAAAGUUUAGAAAUUGCCCUGCAAAUAGUUAGCGGAGUAGAUUACAUUCACUCCAGGAUGCUCAUCCACAGAGACCUGAAGCCGGCCAACAUCAUGUUUGACCGGGACGGAAAGGUGAAAAUUGGAGAUUUUGGUCUUGUCACUGAAGAGAUUGAAGAUGAUGCUGAGAACUUGGUGGACAGGAAAAAGUACAAAGGAACUCCUUCCUACAUGGCUCCCGAGCAGAAGAGAAAGAUCCUGUAUGACCGUAAGGUGGACAUAUUUGCUAUGGGGCUGAUUUAUUUUGAGCUCCUUUGGAACCUCCCCACUGUCCAUGAAAAGACCGAGAUUUGGAAUGAUGUCAGAGACCAGAAGCUUCCAGAGGGAUUUUUUCAACACUUUCUUCAGGAGAGCAAAAUGAUAAAGUCAAUGUUGUGUAUUAACCCAGACGAGCGACCAGAGGCAAGUAAACUAAAGUCGGACUUGGAAGAGUUUCAACGUUCACUUGUGAUGCUUAAAACAGGGCAACGUGACAGUAAGACUGUCCUUGCUUUGUCGUUUAUGAUGGCAAAUCGAAACUUCGUGGCUGAUCUAAACGAAUAUGCACAGAGGUCUCGUCUUAAGCUCCGAUAUGAGGACCAGGACAGUCGUGGCCCAGAUCACAAUAAAACGUUCGUCCUGAGAGCUGUCCUUGAUGACAAACCUUAUCCCUAUGGUGUUGGAAAGACCAAAAAGGAUGCGAAACAAAAUGCAGCUGAAAAUGCUCUGAAGUCUCUUAACAGUGAAGAUCGGGACUCACCAACAGAUAAUGCAGCAGAGGCUCCUGCAUCAGUUUAUGAGACUAAUGACAAUUACAUAUGUUUACUUAAUCAAUAUGGUCAGAGAAACAGACUGGAUAUAAAGGCUGUGGAGACAACAAGACCUGGAUUGCAUAGUACCGUUUUCUGGUGUAAGUAUGAGGUGGGUGAUAAGUUGUACCCAGAUGUCUCUGGGAGAACAAAGAGGGAAGCUAAGGAGGAAGCAGCCAAGCUGGUGUAUGAUAUAAUAUAUGGCGGCAAAACCUCAGAGACUGCAGAUGCAUCAUGUGAACAAAACGGGACAUCAGAUGGAGAUUUUGAUGAUAUCAGUACAAGGAAAAGCAGUCUGAGCUCUCCAGACAGUGGUUAUAGAGGGACUAAUUUUAUUGGACAAAUCAAUGACUACUGUCAGAACAACAAGUACAGCCGUACAUUUAUGGAAGUGGGGAGACAUGGCCCUCCUCAUAACCUCCGAUUUUCCUACCAAUUAAAAAUAGACAACAAGGACUACCCUGUUGGUGAGGGUAAGACCUCCAAGGAAGCCAAACAAAAUGCAGCUAAACUAGCCUGGCUUGCUCUUCAGGGACAAUCAGACUGGGACAGCCAGGGGUCUUUUGGGUUAACAGUGUCCAAAGAUGGUGGACCAUCUACAUCAUCAGCACAGGACUCAAAUCAAUCAUCAUCAGAAAACCUGCAUGGGAAUACAAGUGACUCAAUAAUAUUUGCUGAUUCAUCAAAAUCCCAGAAAAAUGGUGAAAAUGAAAGUAACACAUCAACCCAGUCAAGAUUUACAUCAGAAUAUCAGAUUCUCGGAUGUCUUGGCGAUGGCGGCUUUGGUUAUGUCUACAAAGUUAAAGAGAAGCUGUUGGAAAAGGAUUUUGCUGUAAAGAUUGUGGCUGGCACGGAAAAAGCUGUGCGAGAGGUGAAAGCGUUAGCAGACCUCCAGCACACUAACAUUGUUAGAUACUAUCAUUGCUGGAUGGAGAAAACAGAAUACAAAGAUGACAGUUUCAGCCACAGCUCCUCUGACUCUAAACGUAUCCCAUGUGAUCAGUACCUGUACAUCAGGAUGGAAUUAUGUUGCCCUGAAACACUUGAAGACUGGAUACAGAAAAGGAACAACAAUAAUCUGGAAGGCUACCAGCGAAGUGCAGAGAGUCUUCCCAUUGCUCAACAAAUAGUCAGCGGGGUUGAGUACAUUCACUCCCAGAAGCUAAUUCACAGGGACCUUAAGCCUGCCAACAUCAUGUUUGGGAAGGAUGGUGCAGUGAAGAUUGGUGACUUUGGUCUGGUCACUGCUCAGACCAACGGUGAAGAUGAAGAAAACCUGAUGAGGAGAACCAGAAAAACAGGAACCAGAUCUUACAUGCCUCCUGAACAAAUGACUGUGGAAUAUAACCACAAAGUAGACCUGUUCGCUUUGGGAUUGAUCUUCUUUGAAUUCCUGUGGAAACUCUCAACAGGCCAUGAAAAAGUAGUGAUUUGGAAUGAUGCCAGAAGCAGGAGGUUUCCCGCAGAGUUUUCCCAGACUUUUCCACAAGAGCACCUGAUCAUUAAGUCUUUAUUGUGUGAGAAGCCAGAAGACCGACCUGAGGCAAGUGUACUGAAGGUCGAGCUGACAAAAUGCGAGCAGAGAUAUACGCACCAUGAAAAUUACACUGUCUGAUUAUCAGGAGA